AUGUCUGAAAAACUUUCAAAAAAUCUUUGCACAUGCCAAUCACUUGAACCUCGUCAUGAUAAAUUAAUAAUUUAUCAAAUACUUGUUCGAUUAUUUGGAAAUCGAAAUUUAACAAAUAUUGUUCAUGGAACUAUCGAACAAAAUGGUGUUGGUAAAAUGAACGAUAUUAAUGAUGCAUGUUUAAAUGAAUUAAAAAAAUUUGGUUAUACACAUGUUUGGUAUUGUGGACUUCUUGAACAUGCAACAUUAACUGAUUAUACAGCAUAUGGAAUUCGUAAAGAUAAUCCUUAUAUUGUCAAAGGUUUAGCUGGUUCACCAUAUGCAGUAAAAGAUUAUUAUGAUAUUAAUCCAGAUAUAGCUGUUGACAUUCCAAAUCGUAUAAGUGAAUUUGAACAAUUAGUUAAACGUACUCAUGCACACGGUCUUCAGGUUAUUAUGGAUUUUAUUCCUAAUCAUGUUGCUAGAGAAUAUGGUUCUGAUGUUCGACCUGAUGAAGAUUUUGGUAUAAAUGAUGAUCAAAAAAUAUCAUUUAGUCCAAAGAAUAAUUUUUAUUAUAUUGAACAUGAAGAAUUUCAAAUACCAAAUGUUGAACAUAUACCUCCAUGUAUUGAUAUAUCGAAGAUACCAAAAUAUACUGAAAGACCAGCACGUGCAACAGGUAAUGAUGUAUUUCAUUCAAGACCAUUAAUUACAGAUUGGUUUGAAACUGCUAAAUUAAAUUAUGGAAUUGAUUAUGCUGCUGGUAGAAAUUAUUUUGAUCCCCGACCACCACUUUGGGAUAAACUUUUUCGAAUUUUAUGUUAUUGGAUUGACAAAGAUGUUGAUGGUUUUCGUUGUGAUAUGGCAGAAAUGGUUCCGGUUGAUUUUUGGCAUUGGUUAAUAACAUCGAUACGUAAAACAUAUCCUGAACGGCGAAUUAUUUUUAUUGCAGAAAUUUAUCGACCGGAUUUAUAUGAACGUUAUAUUGAACAGGGUCUUUUUGAUUAUUUAUAUGAUAAAGUUGGAUUAUAUGAUUGUGUACGUUGGUUAUUAGAAGUAGGUUCAAUUUUGGGAAACUGUAAUGAUAUAACGCGUAUUCAUAAUGAACAAAAACAUAUUGAGAAACAUAUACUUGCUGCAAACCAAUUUGCAGGAAACCCAUGGAAAGCAAUACCAGCUAUUGUCUGUACAGCUGUUAUGCAUUCUGGUCCGUUCAUGAUUUAUUUUGGACAAGAAAUUGGUGUGAAUAGUGUAGGACAGAAAGGUUUUCAAGGAGAUGAUGGUCGAACAACGAUUUUUGAUUAUUGGGGUAUUCCUGAAUUUCAAGCUUGGUAUAAUAAUGGUGCAUGUGAUGGUGGCCAAUUAACAGUUUCACAAAAAGGUCUCCGUUCAUUCUAUGAAAAUCUUAUCAAACUUGUUCAUGAUCAUAAAUCUUUACAUUGUGUUUCAUCAAAAUUAAUUGAUUUACAAUUUGCUAAUCAUUCAUUAUAUGAUACAAAAAAAAUUUAUUCUUUUAUUCGAUAUCAUGAACAUGAUGAGCAAUUAUUAUUUAUAUUGAAUUUCGAUUAUAACAAUAGUCAUGAUAUUGAAUUAGCGAUACCGAAUGAAAUUUUGUCAUGCAUUGGAUUGGAUAUAACUAAAGUAUAUACACUUCAAGAAGUCUUUAUUGAUAGAAAACUCAAAUUAGAAUUGCGUGCAAAUGAAAAUCUACGUCUUAAACUACCAGGCAAUCAAGUCUAUGUGUUUCAAAUACAAUAA